AUGCCCGUGUUUGAGUCCCCCGCAGGUGUAGGAGACGCCCAGGCUGCAGCCCCGUACAGCACCAUUUCCCCUUACUGGACGAAGUCAUGCCUACCUUCCACAGGCCGUUGCGGACCAUCACACGAGGUUGCGGAAUCCGCGCACUCAUCGCAUCGCAACGCACUAUCUGUCCAUGUCCUGUCUGUAUCCGUCCGUCCUCACUGUCCCGUCGCGUCCUGCAUAUACCUGGUACCUUACCCGUUUUACCUGUUUUCCCGUCCUGAUACCUGGUACCUUCCCUGUCUCGCAUACCUGGUAUUCCCUAGACUUCGCAUCCGCAUACUCCGUAUCCCUGCGCAUCCUCGCACCUCUACGCAUUCUCCCGCAAGCAGCUGUUCCGUCUCCAGCACAUCACUUCCCUAUUCACUGUUCCCCUCGCUCAUACUUGAGGAACUGCUCUCAGAGCUAUCCCCUUGGGUCGACUACUAUUCUCGCACCCAGCAGGAUCGGUACGCUAUCACUAUAGCGGACUUCUACGAUUUCUCCCACACCGAUGAUGACAAAGAUUACCUUCAAGCCGUCUAUGAAGAUGAAUGCAAGAUCCUCCGCACCAUCAGCGCCCAGACUGACCAAGUCGCAAAGAUUUUGGAUAGACGUAUUGCACAAUCUCUCUCACAAUCUACCGGAUGCUUCCCCUUGUGUCGCCGCUUUCUCAGUGGGGUUCAGACUACUGAACCCUUCUCCCUCGAGGACUCAGAUGUCACAUCUGAUGAAUCAGAUGAAAUGAGGGGUGGGAACCUGGGCACCGGUAUGCACGAGAGAGAAGUCUUCAGGUUCCUCCCUCCCCUUCCCUCAGUGACUCCCACCAUCCCUAGCGCGGAUGAAGCCGCAUACUCACAAGAUGACUCGUUUGGCCUUGGCCAAGCUAGUCAGUCGCAUCCCGAUCCAUUGUCGGGCAGAAUCCCUGCGAAUUUUGGUGAAGUCUCAGCAGAUGAGGAUGGCUUUAAUCUGGAUAGGAAUGCAUUUGGCGCUUAUGCCAGCACCAGUGGACCAUCAACUAGUCACGCUGGUGCUAGUGUCCCUGCUCUGAUCCCGCGGGACCGUCGAGAGAACGCAGCGCUCACGACACAUCUCAGCGCCAUAUCCUACACCGGAACACAAUUCACGGCACAGCAGAGCUCAAUCGCUACAAUCGACCCGCAAAUGCUGCAGCUCCGUGCAAAUCCACCCACUGCCCCUGCAACAUCCGCCCACGCUGAACAGGUCACCCACACCACUUCUGCCGACUCUGUUGCCCCCGCCAUCUCUGUUACCCCCGCCGUCUCCGUUGCCCCCAUUGACCCCUUCUCCCCCGUUGUCUCCAUUGCCCCCAUCAUGAUCUCCAUAGAGCCUGCCCCUCAGCAGCCCGUCGCACCUGUCACCAUCCGGGUGUCAUCUGACGUGCAGAAGCAGAUCACAGUUCGCGCAAAAACCAAGCUCGUCCAAUAUUGGUUGACAUUGCAUGCGAUGGCAGGCAGCGAUGCUCAGAAGCGAGCAGUCGUCAAUCUUGCAAUCGCAGAUGCGAUUCCUGGCAUCAUUGGCAUGCAUGUCCAUGUUUCCAAUCCGACAAUGGCGAAUCAGCGUCAACAGCUGAUGGGGGCAUGGACCACCAUGUUCACCAAUCUGGUGAAGCUUGUGUGGGUCUGUGCCCCGUUCAGCUUCGACAUAUACCCCCCUCAAGGUUCUAAUGUCGUCCCUGACGAAUUACGGAGGCGUGUCAUAGAUGCGGUGAUCAACGAUCAACGUCACCCUCUUGCAUUCAUGCAUCAAUUCACUGUGAAUAGUGCCGGGGAUGUAACGAUCUUGGACGGCGUGCUCAACAAUUCGUUCAUAUUACGCAUGGUCAUCUGUUUUGUGUGGUGCAGCAACACCGGCAUUUUGGAUUGCAUCACCGACCCGCUGAAAGAUUUCAACUCGAUAUUUGCUGCUAUUGGGGCCGUCACGAAGCUGAUAUUGUUUGAGCAAAUGUUACAUCCGCCCGUUACUAUCGCACACUCACAGCUCGACACCAGCAACAUGUUCCUUGCAAUUCUUCAGUACAUUCAAGGUCUUCAUGGUGUGCAGAAGGAAAUCAAUAUUACUAUGACAGGCAUUCUAGCCGCGAAGCAAAAGGCGAUGGACAACGCAGUCUGGAGGAUUGGCAUAAGCCAAAAGCGACAGCACCCCAGCGUGCCCGAAGAGCCCAAGAAACACCGCAAUCCACCUGCACAAAAGAAACCUUGCACGGACACCACCACUGGGGGUAUCACUCGUCCAGCAAUCCCACAGGCUUCUACUAGAAAGUGUCGAGAGUUCAACAUUGAUGAAGGCAGCACGAGCAUUACCAAGCACAGGCCGCCACCAAAGAAAGAAACCAAAUGGAAGCCAACUUCACGUCACGCCUCCAAAGAUGUGCCUUGUAGCAUCGACAAUGCAUUUUUAGGUGAUGAACCUGAGGAGAUAUCUGACUUUCAACCUGGCUGCGACGAGGAAGAAGCUGAUGACUCAGAUGAGGCCAAAUCCAUCGUGAAGUUCCUGUCAGCAGAAGUACCAAAUUUUGUCUCAGAGGCCGAAAAGCUCGAUUUCCCACUGACAAAACCAACCUGGCCUCCGAGUCAAGCAGCUACAUCAAAAUUGACGAGCGCUCCUGUGGCUACCAAGGUGAGGCAAACUGCUGAACCAUUCCCCUUCUCGUCGGCCCAACCACGGGCUCCUGUGGCUUCCAGGCAGGCAAAAUCCCAGUCCACGCAUGAUCAAACCAGGGCAAAAACUCAGUUUAAUGCACAUGGCCAUAUCAAGACUCCAACCUGGGUGGAUGAUUCCAAUGAUGGAGUCAUCACAUCAGAGAACUCGGAGGGACUCGAGGCCAUGCCAGACGACCACAGUGAACACAAGUCUCCAAAGGACGACUUUAUCAUAGUAGAUGACGACGACGAUAGCGGCCAUCGUGAAGAGCCCCAACUUGUACGGAGUGCAAAUGCAGGAAAGUUAAAGCUGAUGGACCAAACUAGCGACACCCAUCAGCUAACCGAAAAAAAUCGAUUCACACGAGACACGCUCUCCACAGCAGCUCGCACAUGUGGUGUUCUACCCAUUCACCAUCGCCUCAAGACUGAUGACUCGUACGCAUCUGUGCUUUCAACUCUGGUUGAGGCUCAAGUGCCGCUUUUUCAUACCGAAUUGAAGGAUGACGCUUAUGCACAUGUGACAGCCUAUUACCAUCUUGGUCCCGACUGUAUUGAUACUUCCAAGGCUUUGCUGGCGAGCCAUGUAUAUCAUUUUGCGCAGCAUUUUGAUGAGAAAAAUGUCCCUAUUCCGCAGGGAGCAAAACCGUACUCUGCAGAUAUAUUGCCUUACUUAAUGAAGGGGCGCUACUUCAAUGGGCCGAAGUUGGUUGGCGCGAAAUUCACAGACCGUUUCAAGGAGAUUGCAGGCAACAAGGCCCAGCGGCCUGAGAUUAGAGCGUCCUACGAGGUCGACCGAAUGCUUGGCAAUGGCGAAGUCAUCAGAAAACUUCAAACAUUGUGGGAUGACCUGCUCAAUUAUGGAGAUGAGCCAUUUGAACUGUCCUUCCCACCCAUCCGUGGUGUCACUCCUUCGCUCAUGCUGAUGGCAAAUGUGUAUGCCGCGCUCUUGUGGAAGGCCAGCAAGUCUCCCUCAAAGUUCAAUUUCACCGGCAACCAGUUCAGCGAGGUCUAUUUUUUCCACAUGAAAUUUCUCAAUGGAAUGAAGGAGACUGCGCCAGGCAAGUUUCACAGGUUGAUGGCUGAUAUUUUUGAGGCAGUCCAGAAACUCUGCACCAAUGGCGCUGCCACCUUAUCCUCACACAAUGAUGCGAUGGCAUUCCUCGAUCUUGACGGCAUGGAUGAUGACGAGUAG